UGUAUGUAUCUGUUUAUGCAUGUGUGUCUGUAUUUGUGUGUUUAUGCCUCUGUGCGUGUGUGGUGUGAGCAGAGGUGCUACUGCGAGGUGGAGGACUGCUUUGCGCGCUACGAGGCCGAGACAGAGGGUGGCCCCCGCGCCCGCGCACUGCAGAUGCUGCAGGUCGCGCUGGUUCGUGCGCGCGAGCUCGGCGACGAGAAGCUCAGCAUCGUCUCUAUGGUGUCCGAUGCCGCGGAGUCGCGCUGGCGGCAAGCCGAGGCCCUCGCUCGCUUGGCCGAUCAAGAAGAGACGGCGGCUGCAGUGGCGGCGGCCGUAGCGGCCGGCGAGACCGCACCAGGGACGGCCGCGACUCCGACGGCCGGCGUCACUCGUAGGGACAAAGCGGGCGACGCCGCCGCCACCGCGGCGGCGGCAGCCGGGAUCGGCGGGGCGGGCGGGCGGCACGAAAACAAUCAGCACCCGCACACGCACGCGCAGAACCACUUCAACAACCACCACACGUCGCACCACCCCAACCACGCCGCGACGACGGCGGCGGCGGCAGGGGGAGGAGGCGGGGGAACCGGCGGAGGGGCCGGCAGCGGUGGGGGCACGCCCGUCCUGGAGAAGGGCGCUGGAAAGAGGUCGCACCGGCAGCGCAGCAAAGAGACGCUGGAAAACAGCCUGGCAGCCAAUGGGGCCGAGGCGGCGCAGUUGGACGAGGCGCCGAAGCCCAAGAAGGCGCGCAGCACCGGAGGUGGUGGCGGGAAGAAGAAAAAGAAGCGGUCAUCUGUGGGACGCGGCGGGGGCAAGACGGAGCCGCACUCGCCACCCGAGCUCGACCUGUCCACGGUCGACCCCGACGAGCCCACCUACUGCCUCUGCAACCAGGUGUCGUAUGGAGACAUGAUCGGCUGCGACAACGAGGCUUGUGCCAUCGAGUGGUUCCACUUUGGCUGUGUCGGUCUGAGCCACAAGCCCAAGGGCAAGUGGUUCUGCCCGCGCUGCCGCGGCCCCAACGAGCGCACCAUGGAUCGCGCGCUGCUCGAGAGGGCACGCAAGGAGCGCGGCUGCGCCAGCGCCAAGAAGGUGGACGGCGGCGUGGUGUCGGCGGUGGGACGUCCCCCGGCGCGACACGUCACCUGAAGGCACGCCGGCCCACGGCUUUCCCCCCCACAUCCCGCAAGCCCUGCCAAUGACCUAAGAAAGGACACUGCUGUUUGUAACGGUGUGAAUAAAACGAGAGGGGAUAAAAGGCACGCAAAUAACAUGAAAGAAAACAGCCGACGACGACGACAACAACGUGGACUAUACAAUGAGCCGAGCAGAGAUGGCGACACGUGAACGGCACGAGAACUGCGCGCCACCUUCCUCGUAACCACGCAAAGGGUCUUGUCGUAGCUCACGCCGCCUCCUUAAUAACUAGUGGUAACCAGUCUUUUUGUAUGAAUUCUGUGUAUUCAGUAAUACGAAUGCUCGCUUAAAAAAAAAGAGGACACGGUUUUAGACGUUAGGCCCCUGCCAUGUUGAUCAACCUUCACCGCCGCCAGAGGUAGCGCCGCCACUCCAGCGUGCGUGGACACCGGCCGGCCCCCCACGCUCACAGGGCAACGCUUCACUUCGGCUUAGAUUGUUAAACGCUGUAAAUACUGUAUGUUUUUUUUCUAAAAUAUUUUAAAGAAAAAACUUUGCUGUACAUAAAUCUCACAUGAAAUUUGUAGAUGUUGUCAUUUUCAACAUUGAAGUCUCGUCCUGUUUGUAUGAUGUCAUUUGUGAUGUUUCGUAUGAUUAUCGAUAUACAAAUCACAAACCGCAAUUUUAUCAGUAUUUAAAGGUUUGGUUUUUUUAUUUGACAAUGCUAGCCAAAUGUCCCGAACUUUCUAGCUAUAUAUAUAAAGAUUUUUUGAAAUUAGAAAAGAUAAAAAGGUUUUUUGAAAUGAAUUUAAGGUUCCAUUUGUUUUUAAUGUUGUGUGUUUAACUUUGUAAAAGUAAGCAUUGACAGUAAAAACUCAGUGUAAAUAGGGUUUACGUAAUAAAAUAUUUAAUAUACCAUAGCAUCCGGCUGUAGUAUUUGGUUUGUCAUGAGAGUUUUUGUUUUUAAUGAAAAUACCAAAGUACUAUAUACGCGAGUGGUUUGUUGGACUUUGUCAGUAAUCCGACUCCAUAUAAAAUAUAAUAUUUAUAAUGCAAUAUUAAUGGUUUCCUUGGAAAAUAGACAAAUGUUAAGAGUUAUCAAAGCAGAGCUGGUCUAGAAAUAAUUGUUUUCACCAAUAUUAUUUCUUCUGCUUGGGAAAGCUUUGUUUAUUGCCCAACUAUUCAAGAGCAUACAUUUCCACCAUUCCUCGUUCAUUCUCUACAUCCUGUAAUGAACAAUAUUCAGCAUUAGAUCCUCAUGUGGCCCUGUGUGCCUGAGAACAGCUGUGCAGAAUGGUUUUACAGAACUAAUGAAACACCCUUAAUUAGUCCUUUUUAUGUUUACACAAAGUAAACAAGCAGAUGCUGUAGGGGGUGCACUUUUCCAGCACUGC